CCAAAGAGGCAUUUGUGUCUCCCUACUGCUUGAAAGUCUUGGAGGAAUCUGGCUCUUUUGAUCGAAGAGAUUCCCUCCAAGAGUUAAAGUGAAGGAGCCCUAAACCCUAGAGCGGCACAUGGAGGCAGGCUAUUGUGGGGAAGCCAUUUCUUCCCCCAACCAGCACCUCUGAGUUUCAUCAGCUGCUGCUAGAAUGGCUGGAAGGGAUCUGCAAGGAAAGACAGCCCUGAGGCCUUCUCUGCCAUCUCCUCCACGUGUUGAAGGGAAAAGAGCUGCAAUGCAGCCAAUUCAGGAUUCAGUGUCCUUUGAAGAGGUGGCUGUGCAUUUCACCCAAGGGGAGUGGGCCCUGCUGAGCCCACCCCAGAGGGCUCUGUACAAGGAAGUGAUGCUGAAGAAUUUUGGCCAUGUGGCCUCUCUUGGAUCUCAGAUUGCCAAACCUGACCUCAUAUCCUGGCUGGAGGAAGAGGAAGAACUGUUUCUCCUGUUCUCUGAAGAAAUGGAGGGACCUACAGGUAGCUGCUUAGAUCUGUCAUGGGACUGUGUGUUGCCUGCACUUCCUUCCAUUCCAUUCAAAAUAUAAACAAACAGGUGAGGCCCUGCAAUAAAAUGUUUUGGAAUCGGUUGGUUUGGAAUUGCCAGGUGGGACCUGGAGAUCUCCCGGAUUUACACCUGAUCUCCAAACUACAGAGAUCUAUACCAGUGGGGAAAGUGGCUGCUUUGGAGGGUUUACUCCAUGCUAGUGGUCCAUGCUGAAGUCCUUUCACUCCCCAUUUCUGCUCCACCCCUUCAAUUACUAGGAAUUUUUUUAAAAAAAAAUUAUAUUAUUCAUAGCCUGCCUUUGUCACUGAAACUCGAGACUGAUUACAUAGUGAAAGUCAAUAUCAAGUAUGGCUGGGGCACCCAACAAACAAUGCAACAGGUUACAGCAACAGUCAGUACCCAGUGGUAUAGUCUACAGUCCC